UGCUUCAAUUCACUCACAUCAUUCAAGCAAUUGUUUAUGUACCAAAUAAACUAACUAGCAUAUCUUUACUUUUAAGCAAACCCACUAAAGAAAUAUAAAAUGGGAAAUUGCUUGAUGUUGCAACAAAUUAAUGUGGUGAAGAUGAUGAAAACUGAUGUGAAAGUUCUUGAAUACAAAACAUCUAUGAAAGUUGAAGAGGCAAAGGAUUUGCCUCUUCCAUCACCACCAUCAUCAUCAUCAUCAUCACCAAAAGGGAUCAAGAAGGUGAGGUUUGCUGAUCCAGAAGUUCAAGAUGUACAGAAAAGUAGUGUGGUUAGGAUUAAGCUUGUUAUUAGUAAGCAAAAAUUGCAAGAUAUGUUGGAGAAUGGAGGGAUUUCAGUUGAGAAGAUGUUAUCUCUUGCUCAUGGUGAAAAGGGAAUAGAUGGUGAUGAUUUGUGUAGAAAGAGUGAUGAUGUUGAUCAAGGUUGGAAACCAGUAUUGAAAAGCAUACCUGAAGUAAUCUAGCAAUAGAUUUUAAGUUCUAAUUCUGUUUUAGCUUUAUUAUAUUGCUUAGGCCUUAGAGUUUUCCUUUUUCAAACAUGUCCUAUACAGUAGUGUAAUAAUAACUAAGAUGUAAUAUAAAUAGAGAGGAUAUGAAAGAAAUCUUCACUCUCCAAAGAAAUCUUCACUCUUCCAAAGAAACACUCGGAUCACAUUAUAUUUUGAUUGGCACAAUACAUUGAAGUGUUGUGCGCGUUCUCAUUA